AUGGAGAAACAUAAAACACAAUUUGAACAAGCUGAUUAUCAAUUAAUAUUGAAUAAAUUAAUAACAAUAUUAAACAAUGAACAAUGUGAUGAAAUUAUCAAGUAUGCUGUAAAUCAAGAUCCAGAUGAUACAGGGACAUUUGGCUUUGAUCAAAUGAUAAAUUUAAUUAAUCAGUUGACUGGUAAAGAGAAUGCGUUAACAACCCAUGAACUGGGUACAUUGGCAAGACAUUAUGGUGUUAGACCAUCCAAGGAAAUAAAUCUUGAAAUUUUGCUUGGGAUUGCACAACAAACACUUCGUAGAAAAGCAUUUGAAGAUUUCUCCAGUUUAAUGAAUGCCUGUCGCCAACAAGAUGCCGAUAAAACAGGUGAAAUGGACCGUCAUGCAAUAAGACGCAUAUGUUUAGCGCAUCACCUACCAUUACCUGAUGACAUGUUGAAUUCACUUAUGAAUUGUUUAGUCAAUCAGAAUAAUUUAAUACAAUAUGAACAAUUUAUUAAUCAAUUGAAUUGGAAAAAUUAUGAAAUUAAAGAAUUAUCUAUUCAACAAUCAUUGGAUUAUAUUGAAAAUAUGAAUAUUGAUUGGUUACCAAUAAGUAAAGGUGAUAUGCCAAAAUCAAUACAUUUAAGUAAAAAAUCAAAAAUCGAUAAAAUCAAUUAUAAACAAUUGAUUAAUGAUUUAUUUAUGAAAGAUCUAUUUCAUUCAUCAAUUGAUUAA